AUGGAAUAUGAAGGUGUGAAGACUGUCAAUGAUGUGGCAGAUGUGAGGUUUUCACAGGGGAUAUUGGAUGAAAAUGACCCUGACAGUGCUAGGUUCAUGGUAUUAAUUAGAAAUGCCAUGGAAGAUUUACAACGCCAAGUAGAGAAUGAGCGCUCGUUAUAUCACAAAAGUAGAGAUGAAUUAUCAAUAGCAGAGUCUCAGAGUAGAAGGUUUGAAACUGAAUUGAAUUUGGAGAAAGAAAGGAAUAACCAACUUAUGCAGGAGUUGGAGAGGCUUGAGCAACUAAUUUCUGAGCAAAAUGAUAAUAACAAUACAGUAAAUUCUGAAGAAGCCGAUAAUUAUUGGAAAUUAUAUAAGGAUGCAUUAAGUAGGAUAGACGAAUUAGAAAACUCUAUACAGAAUGAUAAACGAGCAGAAGAGCUAGAACUAAAAAAAACACAAUUAGAAAACGAAUUGGAUGGUUAUAAAGACAUGAUUUCAGAGUACAAAUCUAAUAACCAAAAAUUAAUUAACGAAGUCAACUCUCUAAAACAAGCUAGAGAACUGGAUAUUAAUGAUCUAAAAAAUGUUAGGAAAGAAUACGAUGAAAAGAUACAAGAUUUAAGUGAAAAGUUGGAUAUAGAAAAAAUUGAGCAUGAGUCACUUUUAGAGCAGUAUAAUAGGGUAAAUACAAACUUGGCUGAAAUGAGAGAAACUUUAAAAUCAAAUAAAUACUCUUCCUUGGAGGAACUCAUUAACACCGUCCAAAUUAAAAGUAACGAAAUUGAAUCAUGGAAAAACAAGUUCAAUGACUUGGAGUCUACUGCUGGAGUUACUAAUGAGAAAGAAAUAGAAUUACAUGAGAGAGAAAUCUCAGUUGUAUCUAAAGAAGGAUAUUUGGUUGGAAAAGAAGCUUCUCUGUCUCAUUUAGAAGAAAAGCUUAGGCUUCAAGAACGUAGUCUCGACGACAAAACUAAAGAGCUCGACCAAAGAUCCUUGUCCAUAUCUAACUUGGAGAAGGAAAUAUUGGAAAAGCAGAAGGAAUUCGAAUCUUAUGUUGACGAUCUAAAUUUGAGAGAACAAAGUUUCAACAGAAUGGUUGAAGAUUAUUCUAUAAACAUGGAAAAGGUUCAAUUUGAACACACUUCAGAUUACAAUAAGAAGCUAACUGAGAUUGAAAAUGCAAAAUUAGAGUUGGAGAAUGGCAAAGCCGAAUACGAGAGACUGAAGAAGGAAUUCGAGAAAAACCGUAGCGAGAUUGAAGCUGAGAAGAGAAGUGUAGAACAAAUUAAGAGUGAAUUGGAACAAAAGUUAAAAGAACUUGAAGCUGGAAAGACUGAAACGAAGAAGCUCAAAGCUGAACUUGAAUCUCAAAAAAAUGAGUUGGAUAGACAAGGAAUUGAAUUCCGAUCCCAAAAAUUAGAACUUAAUGAAAAACAAAAAUCGCUCGACUCACUAAAGGACGAACUUGUGAGUUUGGAAAAAGCGUUGAUGACAAAAUCAAAACAGAUGGAGGAGGAUGAACACCAAUUUUAUGUAAAGUUGGAACAUGCAAAGAAUGACAAUUUACAGAAGAUGAGUAUGCAAUAUGAAACACAGCUUAGAAGCUUGGAAAGAGAGCUGGUAGAAAUCAGGAGGGAAUUAGAUGAUAGCAGGAAGGCAUUAAAGGAGGAAAGAGAAAGUCAGGAUUUAAGGAAGACUCAGGUGGCUUAUCAAGAAUCCCGUCUAAGGGAGCUUGAGGAAAGAGAAAAGUCAGUGAAAGACUUGGAGUGUUCACUCAACUCUCAGAAGGUAGAUUUGGAAAAUAAGCAAAAGGAAUUUGAUGUUUAUAUUAAUGAGCUUGAGAGCCGUCAAAAAGAAUUUGAGGAGUUUUGGUUUGAGUUGGAUAAACGUCAAAAGAAUAUUUCAACUAGGGAGAGGGAGCUCGAUAACAGAGAAGUCCUGCUGAAUAAUCAGAGAGCUGCUUUGAGUGAGUCUGAAAGAAGGUCUCUUGAAGAGAGAGAAGGGCAAUUGUAUGAAAAGGAAAGCAGACUUAAGGAUAAGGAAGGAAAGUUCAUAGACCGUGAAAGUAGGUUGGUUGAAAAAGAGAAUAAGUUGAUCGAUCGUGAGAACAAGCUGAUGGAAAAGGAGAAGGGUUUGUUAGAAAGAGAGAUGAACUUGAAUGAUUUUGAGAGAGAAAUGAAUAGUUUAGGACAAAGAACUAAGAUAGUUGAGGAAAGUCUUCUUGCAAGGGAGGUUAAGGUGGAGGAAAGGGAGAACACAAACAGAACUAAAGAAUCUGCUUUAAGUAGGCGAGAAGCUUUAUUAAUUGAGAAAGAAUGUUCUAUUGAUCGCAGGGAAACAGAUUUGAAGGAGAAAGACCAAGAGCUGAAAGAUCGUGAAAGAGAUUUGGAGGGAAGAGAGAGACAACUACAAUUGGAGAAAAAACCUCUUCUAGAUGAGUUAAUUAGGAUUGAGGAGAGAGACAAGCAGCUUUUUGAGCGAGAAUUGGCUAUUCAAAGAAGUGAGGACCUUUUACAAGAAAUGGAAGGCGUAAUUAAGAGCCGAGAGAAGGAGUUAUACGAGGGAAUGAAUUCCUCAAAUAAAGAUAAGGAGAUUUGUGAAUUGCGUAGAAUGAUUGAAGACUUAGAGAUGAGGAAUCGAGAUAUUGAAAGGGAGACUCAGAAAACUUGCCAGGUUCUCCAGCAACAAAUCCAGGAGGAGAUGAAACAAAAAGAGGAGCUGCUUUAUACUAUUUUGCAUCUCCAUAAACAGAUCAACAAUAUUGGGAACUCUCUUGGGUAUGGCUCAUCCGAUGGAACCGGAUCAAAUGAUAUUAGGGAUUUGAGACAGAGUACUAGAAACGGCCAGCUACAUGGUGUUAGUGGGGAAGAAACAAAUAGGGACUCUUUGACUACAGGAAACGAAAAUGAAAAGGAGACGGAAAUUUCAGAAGUAUCUAAAAGGAACAGCGAUGUUAUCAGUUCUUUGGAAAAGACAAUGAAGAAACUUUAUGAGAAGCUCCGGGCCACUGAAAGCCGGGAAAAGAAUCUAUUAAAGGAGCUAAGGCAGUUCACAGAAAAGAGCAGAAAUUCCAGAAUGAGAGCGUGCUCUGUUUCUCCAUUAAUUAAGAACAUAGGAGAGUCUGAUAUUGCAGGAAACAACUGUGACUCUUCAGCUCCUUCAGGAUAUCCCAGUGAAAUUCAAGCAACUCUAGAAGCCCCAAAAUCUCAGGAUAUAAAAGCACCAACGCUCUUAAAACGUACCCACACAUUAACGAGUGAAUCUUCAAGCCAGCAGAUUCUCCCAACAUUGACAAAUAAUUCGCCGAUAAUGUAUCCAGAGUCACCCAUGGUUUUGAUGCCACUACUUACAGAUAUUAAAAACGAGUUGAAUGAAUUAAAAAAGAGUAACGAGUUAAAUAUAAACAGAACAACACAGACAGACGAAAAGUUUGUUGGAAGUGAUUCAAAAGUAGGAGAAAGAAGCAGUAGUGUAGCUGGGAUAAGUUUUAUUCAACCAACUAAUAACAGUGGGGUGACAAACGCAAACUCUUCUCAGAUAUAUGGGAAUAACUUGGACUACUGCAUAUCAAAUUGCUAUGGUACCAAUUUGAACAGCAACACUCUUCCAGCUUCUUCCAGUAUUAACCCCCCUGCACCUGGCUCACUCAUGAACAACACUAGCUUGCAUUACCCAUCAAUUUCGUCUUCAGUUAUGGGAAAUAGCAUUCAUGAGCAUAGCCAGCUAAACGCUCAAGCAUCCAAAAUAGCAUCUAUUCUUCAGAGUUUGCGUCCAAACAGUGGGUCCAUUGCAGGCAGUUCUGUUGCAACAAACAAGGACAUUACUAGAAAGUUACUGGAGCAUGAACUCCACAGUUUAAGACAGUGGAAAAAGGGGAUGAAGCAGUGGGACACAGAGUUUUCAGCCUCUUCUCACAAUAAGCAAGAGGAGGCAAUUGCUUGGAAACAGUUUUUGGAUCAGCAGAUGCAAGUUAUUGCUAAAAAGUUAGAGAGGAGAAUAUCCGCAGCUUUACAAAAGUAG